AUGCCAAACAUCCCCGCAGGUACGAAGAACUGGCCCACGAACGCACGUCCUGUGUUGGAGCGAGUCAGCCACGCCUUCGUGAUUUUCUACCUGCUGUACAUCACAAUUAUAGUUUUCGCAGUAAUCCGUGUGAUAUCUGCCAUAUUCUUGAAGGACACGUUAGACGAGGCGAACAAUGAUGCUGCCCAUCUUGUUUUGGAUCGCCUCCGUAAAAAGGCUGAGUACAUUGAACGCUUGGAGGGCGUAUUCAAGACGCUUGAUGUCACUGGACGCGGAACACUCUCCGAGACGGUUCUGAACCAUAUGCUGGCCAAUCCGAAGGUGAAAGCUUACUUCCAGACUCUCGAGGUUGAUGUGCAGGAAGGCGCUGCGCUCUUCCACCUCUUAGACGAUGGAGAUGGAGAAGUUACAUUGGAUGAGUUCAUUGAUGGCAUCAUGCGCUGCAAAGGCCCCGCCCGUGCCAUUGAUACAGUGGCGCUCAAAGCUGACGUCAAACAGCUGGACAACAAGGUGUCCAAGCUCAUCAAGCAGCUGAAGGAGGCCCGACUCAUUCGCUCCAAGUCCACCGCCGCGGACGGCAGCAAGCACCGCAACGCCAGCCUGAAGCUCUUCCGCGGCAUCGACCCCUCCGAGGUCAAACUUGCUGCGUCCAUCAGCAAUUCGUGA